CCUUGCCUUUUCGUUGUCUAUUUCUGCUGUCUUUCCACCGCAGAAAUUCGUCCAAAAAGCAAAGGGAGAAAAGAAGCUCUUCUUCCGCCAUGGCCAAGCUUCUUCCAGCGUCUUCCUUCUUCUUCUCUCUUUCCCUUCUUCUACUAGCCUUCCGCUCUGCAAACUCGCAGUCCUUCAUCGGCGUAAACUACGGGCAGGUUGCCAACAACCUACCCCCACCGGAGAUGACGGCAAAGCUCCUCCAGUCAACCUCCAUCGGAAAAGUCAGGCUCUACGGCGCCGAUCCGGCGAUGAUCAAGGCCCUCGCAAACACCGGCAUCGCGAUCGUCAUCGGCACAUCCAACGGCGAGAUCCCAGCCCUAGCUUCCGAUCCAACGGUCGCCAAUCAGUGGAUCGCAUCCAACGUCCUACCCUUCUACCCUUCCAGCAAAAUCGCCGUCAUCACCGUCGGCAACGAAGUGCUGACGUCAGGCGACCAGGGCCUCAUCUCCCAGAUCUUCCCAGCCAUGCAGAAUCUCCAGAACGCCCUCAAUGCCGUGUCACUGGGUGGAAAGAUCAAGAUCUCCACCGUCCAUUCCAUGGCCGUCCUCAAGCAGUCCGAUCCGCCGUCCACCGGCAGCUUCGAUCCCGGUUUUGCAGACGCGAUGAAGCAGAUGCUGGGGUUCUUGCAUGAUACCGGUUCGCCCUUCGCUAUAAACCCGUACCCGUAUUUCGCGUAUCGGAGCGACCCGAGACCCGAAACCUUGGCUUUCUGCCUUUUCCAACAGAACGCAGGCAGGUUCGACGCUGGGUCCAAGAUCACAUACAUGAACAUGUUCGAUGCUCAGGUCGACGCCAUCCGAGCCGCCUUAAACGCAAUGGGCUACAAGGACAUGGAGAUUGUCGUUGCUGAAACAGGUUGGCCAUACCAAGGCGAUAGCAAUGAGGUUGGAGCUAGCAUUGACAAUGCAAAAGCAUUCAAUGGUAAUCUAAUCCAGCACCUAAGAUCGAUGGUCGGGACACCGUUGAUGCCGGGGAAAUCAGUCGACACGUACCUUUUCGCGCUGUAUGAUGAGAACUUGAAGCCCGGGCCUACAUCGGAGCGGUCAUUUGGGCUUUUCAAGCCUGAUCUCACCAUGACAUACGAUGUCGGCCUUGCCAAGAGCAGUCAGGCGACGCCGACAAAUCCAGCACCUUCACAAACACCAACAAAUCCUUCACCUUCAACGACACCAACAAAUCCAUCGCCAUCAGGAAAGCCAGCAGGUUGGUGCAUGCCAAAGGCUGGCACUUCCGAUGCAGAGCUGCAGGCAAAUCUAGACUAUGCCUGUGGCCAAGGCAUCGACUGCAGCGCAAUCCAACCGGGCGGGGCUUGCUACAUGCCGAACACCGUCGCAUCCCAUGCUGCCUAUGCCAUGAAUCUCCUCUAUCAAUCUUCUGGGCGGAACCCUUGGAACUGUGAUUUCUCGCAGACAGCUUCACUCACAUCCACCAACCCCAGUUAUGGAACAUGCACCUACCGUGGAAGUUAGAUGAAAGGCAUGUGAGUUGGGCUUUGAUUAUUGUAGUGAAGUGAAUAAAGGAAGAUGGGGUAACCGGUGGUAGUGUUAUUCUUAGCUUGGUCUGUAAGGUAAGGUAUCCUUUUGUUGUGUACUAUUAAAUAUGUGGAGGCUCUCUUUCUCUCUAUAUCAGCUGCCUUGUAUUUUGUGGUAAUGCCUCUUUUGGGCUCAAGUAUGCCUUAUGUUGUGGUUGAUAUAUGAUAGGGCGAAGAUGUAAAGCAGUUUUUGAGAUGCAAAGCUGUCUUAGGAAUAUAUAAAUGUGUGUUAACGACUGGAAUGGAAUUAUUGGAAGUGGGUCGUCCCUAUGCUACUUGGAACUGUAUAUGAAAUGUAUGGGUGGCAAUAAAUAAGGGUGUUGAUUUGGGGCUA